AUGGCGACUCCCCGUGUCACUGCGCUGGCAAAACGGGGCCUCCGUUGCUUGCACCUUGCACAAGGACAACCGAUAACCGUCUGCUCAAAGUCCCUAUCGUCCCUGCAAUGGCCAAGCGGCUCGCCCAGCAGAUCCUUCAGCUGCGUCCCUGCCCUCCUGAAGAAGCGCAAGAUCGCGCCGGCGGCCAACAGUCCCCAAAGACUCUCUGACCAUGGUUCACCACCUGUUUCUUCGGCUUCGUCCUCAUCAGGUCCCAACCCUGAGGAUCCUCUUGACUUUUCUGCCCUCGUGGCCGCCUACGCUUCUGUGGAUGCUCAUUUCAAGUCCCAGCUGCAGUCUGUCCUCCACGGCGGCCGCUUCCACCCCGAAAGCCUCGGUGCCGUCGCCGUCGCCGUCAAGUCGGAGGCGACCGGUGCGCUCGAGUCCUUUCCCCUACGCGAGCUGGCGCAGAUCGUGCCCCGGUCGGGACGAUCGAUUUCGCUGCUCGUCAACGAGCGCGCCUACGUCAAGCCCAUCAUGUCGGCCGUCCAGGCCUCGCGCGAGUUCAAUCAACAGCCGCAACGAUCGGAAGAAAACGACCUCGAGCUGCUGUUGCGUGUCGAGCUCGAGCGCAAGGACGCUCUGGUCAAGCGCGUCAAGGAGGCGACUCAGGGGUGGCGCGAGAGGGUCCGGCAGGCGAGGACGAAGCAUGACAAGGCGCUCAAGGAAUGGAAGAAGUCGGGCACCUUGCUGCCGGACAUGGCGAAGAAGGCGGAGAAGGAGCUGCAGAAGGUGCAGGACAAAAAGAUGAAGGAGAUUGAUCUCGAUGAGGCACAGGCGAUAAAGCAGCUGGAGCGCAACUAA